AACCAAUAACUAAAGUUGUACUUUCAGAUGAAGAAAAUUAAUUAAUCUAAGUAAGUAAGUAAGUAAGUAAGCAAGGAUUAAUCUAAGUAUAAGAAAACAGGGUUCAGGAAAAAGUAAUCAAAAUGAAGAGAAAAGACUGUAAAUAGAAAGAGGGGAAAAGAAAACAAAAGUUGAGUGGGAGAGUGAAAAAAAGAAGGAAGUUGAGAAGAGGGGGUUGGGUUGUUUUUCUCCUCCACAAUUAUUGGCAUCAAAUCCUUCUCUUUGGGAUUCGCACUAUUGUUGAAUUCCAAGAUCUACACUUUCUCCAAAAACCCUCUGUCUGAAUUUCAUCUUCAACCAUGAAUUCUUAUUGGUGAGCAUACCAAACAGAAAGGGUCAGUUCUCUAUUGGUGGAUACAAGAGAAGAAUUCUUCUGAUCAGGUUAAGUCCAUAUUUUUUUAGGUUUUGAAGAAAGGGUUUUUAGGAAAGGAGUACAAUUUUUGCGAAUUGGAGUGUUUGAUGUUUGGUUGUCUGAGGAGGUUAAGAAAUGUCAACUGAUUCAAACAUGGGUUAUAAUCAUGAUGCAAUUCUAGCAUCUGUGUUGAAUCGUCAUUCGAUAUCGUUUCAGUCGGGUGCUGUAAAUAGUAGCAGCUCAUCUGCAGAGAUGAUUCCUAUGAAUAAUUCUUAUGGUGGAGUUGCUGGGAUGUCGAAUGUUGGCAAUUCCGGUACCAAUUUGAUGAACAACAACCCUGGGUUUGUUAAUUCAGGCUUGAAUUCUAGUGGUGGUGGGAGUCUUAAUUAUGAAUCAGUUUCGGGGUUGAACCAUGACUUAGAGUUGGCUGUUGAUUGGUCUCUUCCAGAGCAAUCCAGAUUAGAAGAAGGCUUAUUAAGGUACGUGGAUGAGCCAAGUAUUAUGAGGUAUAUCAAAAUUGCAGCAUUACUUCCCGACAAGACCGUUCGUGAUGUUGCUCUUAGGUGUAGAUGGAUGACGAAGAAGGAGAAUGGAAAGCGAAGGAAACAAGAAGAACGUUACAUGGGAAAGAAGGUGAAAGAUAGGAAGGAAAAGUUUGGGGAGUCAUCAUCACAGUUAAAUCUACCUCCAUCUCCAGCUCUAAACAUGAGUUCUUACGCCCUCAUGGCGCACCAUAUGGAUCAGAGUGAUCAAAUAUCAUGUGAAGUGCUAGGCGGCAGAACCAGGCAUCUUCUGGGUGAGAACAUUCAAAUUCUAAGCCAGAUCAAAGCUAACCUUGAAACAUUUAAGAUACAUGACAAUGUCAAUCUGUUCUGCCACACGAGGAACAACCUUGCAGCCAUAUUAAACAACUUAAGGGAUAUGCCUGGAAUAAUGAGCCAUAUGCCUCCAUUACCGGUUUCAGUCAAUGAGGACUUGGUCAACUCUAUUCUACCUCAUACAGCAAUGUUCGGUUCAGAUAAUGGUAUCUAUAUGAAGCAAGAACCAAGAUGUUGAUACAUAGAGAUUCUAAGUAAUUGUAAUUUGUAACCUACAGUAGCAUAUUGGAACAAGACAGUAAUAUAAUUUUGUAUUAAUGUAACAUCUGAAGCUUGUGUGAGCGGUUUCUGGUAUUAUUUUUUGGACUCAAUUGCUGUGGUGGUGUACUCAGCUCUUAGGACUCCAUUUUGUUUGAAGAUGAUUGUAAGAAGAAGAUCCAACAAGGGAACCUCCAAUGCCAAGACAGCAUCAUUCAGAGCCUUUUUUGCUACAUCACGAAAGAGCUGAAGUAAAACCCGCAGCUGGUUGCAUGACUCAUUUUGUGUUGAAGAUGAUUGUAAGUAAGAAGAUCCACUGUCUCAAGGUAACCUCUGGAAGCUAGCAACACCGAAACAGCAUCGUUCAGAGCAUUUUUUGCCACAUCACGAAAGAGCUAAUGGAUACAUAAGUAAAACUCGCAGCUGGUCUUUUUCAACCGUUACGUUUUACAGCACUAAGGCUAUGGAAGAACAGGUUUAGUCUGCAAUUAUUCAGAAGUUGCAAGGCUCUUUCAUAUUAUGAACAAUUCAAGUCUGUGCAUAAGCAAUGAUUAGUAAUGUUAGCAGAAAGACCACCAUCUCUAAACCUAUGAAUCAACAGUUCUGUUUAUAAUUCUUAGAA